GUGUUAACGUUGUGACUACCCAUGAUUGCUGGCAAGAUUCUAAUUAUUCCUGUUGAUGGGAGCCGCUGGGUGAAUAUGAAAAUUCUCAUUCAGGAGCUGCACAGCAGAGGGCACAACAUUACAGUAAUGAUGCCCACUGACAACUGGUACAUCAAUGAGGAGUCUCCAUAUUACACUUCAAUCAGAAUUCAUCUUCCUUCUGUUCAAAACAUAUAUAGAGAUAACAUUUUUAGUUCAAUAGUGGAUAAAGUGAUUUACACCAAAAAUAUAGGACAUUGGUUUUCCUUUGUUGCUAUGCAGUAUCAAAUGUUCACUUUUCUAUCAAGGAGUCAUCACAUGUCUUGUCUAAUGGCUGCCACCUUGUUUGAAAACCAGGAGCUGGUGAAGAGGCUCCAAGAUGCCCACUUUGAUUUGGUCCUCACAGACCCAUUUCUGGGUGGAGGAGUGCUUAUAGCCCACUAUCUCCAGCUACCAAUGGUCCUUAACGUCCGGUGGGUAUUCAGUAGAGAGGCUCAUUUCUUACUUGCACCAUCUCCAGUUUCUUACACUCCAUUAACAGGGACUGAAUUUACUGACAAAAUGACAUUUUUACAAAGAUUCACAAAUGUGCUUCUGUAUGGAUUUAAUAUGUGCUUAGAAAGAAUUUUCAUUAGACCACAUUAUGAUGAAGUGUGCUCACGGUACUUUGGGUCCGAUGUUAAUAUUUAUAGUCUCAUCCAGUCUGCAGAUAUCUGGCUCGUGAGGGUUGACUUUAUCUUUGAAUUCCCAAGGCCCACUAUGCCAAAUGCUGUCUAUAUAGGUGGGUUUCAGUGUCAACCUUAUAAGCCUUUGUCUUUAGACUUGGAGCAAUUCAUGGAAAGCUCUGGUGAGCAUGGUGUCAUUAUCAUGUCACUAGGUACAAUAAUAACCAAUCUCCCAAAAGAUAUCACAAAUAAGAUAGCCGCUGCUUUUGCCCAGCUACCUCAGAAAGUGAUUUGGAGGUAUUCUGGGGAAACCCCUUCCAGUUUGGGAAACAAUACACUUCUGGCUAAAUGGAUACCCCAAAAUGAUCUCUUGGGACACCCUAAGACCAGAGUCUUUGUUUCUCAUGGAGGCACUAAUGGAAUCUUUGAAGCAAUUUACCAUGGCGUACCCAUAGUAGGACUGCCACUUCUGUAUGACCAGUUUGAUAACUUCAUUAGGUUGAAAGACAGAGGAGUUGCCAAGGUGCUUGACAUCGCUAAUCUAAACACUGAAGAUGUAUUACAAGCAUUAAAAGACGUCCUUGAUAAACCAUCUUAUCGAGAUAACAUGCAGCGACUGUCCAGACUCCAUCAUGACCAGCUCAUUAAACCACUGGAUGCUGCCAUAUUCUGGAUUGAGUAUGUGAUAAACAACAAAGGAGCUGCUCACCUGCGUACUGAAUCAUACCAUAUGCCAUGGUACGCAUAUCACUGUGUCGACAUUUUAUUGGCUUUACUAUUUGUGAUACUCUUCUUCUUUGUAUUUAUGUUUGUUUUGUGCAGGUUGUUGUGCUACAAAGUCUGUAAAAAAAGAAAAAUCAAGUAA